UUAGUUUUGGAAGGAUGGACUAGAGCGCUGGAUCAAUGACGAGGCGCGGUUUCUGAGCCCGUCCCAGUCGGAUCUAGGGGGAGGAGGAGAAGCCACCAAGGACGUGCACGGAUUUGGGGCUCCGGCGUAGGGCUGGCGGCGCGGGGCCGCGGAGCCAGGAGCAGUUUUCUGCAAUCAUGGGUACUUUCCCAAGGACACUCCUGGGCCUGGGAUGUAUUCUAACAGGACCAUGGCUAACAUUUUGCCAGCUUCCAUUGCCAACUAUAUUUCCAAAUAAAAAUGAAAUGGUUGUGCAGUUGAAUUCUUCUUUCACCCUGAAAUGCUCUGGGGACAGUGAAGUGAGCUGGCAAUACCCUAUGGCCGAAGAAAACCAGAAAAUAGACAUUAGACUUGAAGAGAACAACAGUGGCCUCUUUGUGACUGUGCUUGAAGUAGGAGAUGCCUCAGCUGCUCUUACUGGAUUAUACACUUGUUAUUACAAUCAUACCCAAGUGGAGGAUGGUGAAAUAGAGGGGACAGAUAUUUACAUCUAUGUACUUGAUCCAGAUAUCCCUUUUGUUCCUACGUUACAAGAGGAUCAAUUCAUCCUAAUAGAAGAAGGCGAUUCCACUGUUAUCCCUUGUCGUACAACUGACCCUGAUGCUCAAGUAACCUUAAUUAACAGUGAAGCCAAGCCCUUAUAUGCUUUUUAUGAUAGCAAGCAAGGCUUCAUAGGAAAUUUUCCUGCAGGCACAUACACAUGCAAAACAACUGUUAAAGGAGUGGAGUUCAAGUCUGAUGAGUUCUUUAUCUAUAUUUUGAGAGCUACUUCACAGCUGCCAGUUAAGAUUGAAGCCCUUAAAACUGUAUACAAAAAAGGCGAAACCAUUGUUGUAACGUGUGUGGUCUCUCACAACGAGGUUGUUAAUUUAGACUGGAAUUAUCCAGGGAAAGUGAAAGAAAAAGGUGUGAUAAAACUUGACGACAUAAAAGUUCCACACCAGAAGCUGGUUUACACCUUGACCAUUCCGGAGGCAUCAGUGAAAGACACUGGGGAUUAUGAAUGCACUGCCAGACAUGCAACCAAGGAGGUUAAGGAAAAUAGGAGAGUAGUCAUUACAGUUCACGACAAAGGAUUCAUUCAUCUGGAGCCCCAGUUUAGUCCUUUGGAAGCUGUCAAUCUCCAUGAGGUCAAAAAUUUUGUAGUUGAUGUGCACGCAUACCCAGCUCCAAAAAUGUUCUGGCUGAAGGACAAUGUGACCCUGAUUGAGAAUCUUACUGAGAUUGUUACUAGUUCAAAUAAGAUCCAUGAGACAAGGUUUCAAAGUACAUUAAAGUUGAUUAGAGCCAAGGAAGAAGACAGUGGAUAUUACACCUUGGUUGCUGAAAAUGAAGAUGAGACUAAAAGAUAUACUUUCUCAUUACUAAUACAAGUUCCAGCCUUAAUUCUAGACCUUGUGGAUAAUCAUCAUGGCUCAGCUGGGGGACAGACAGUAAGGUGCUUGGCAGAAGGGACACCUCUUCCUGAUGUUGAAUGGCUAAUUUGCAAGGACAUUAAAAAAUGCAGCAAUGAUACCUCAUGGAUACUUCUGACUAGCAACAUCUCAGAUAUUAGCAUGGAGGCUCAUUUGGAUGAGAAGAACAUGGUGGAAAGCCAGGUGACCUUCCAGAAGGUAGAAGAAACCCUGGCAGUUCGGUGCAUUGCAAGGAACGACCUUGGUGCCGUUACUCGGGAGCUGAAGCUUGUGGCUCCUACAUUGCGAUCAGAGUUAACAGUGGCUGCUGCAGUCCUAGUGUUGUUAGUAAUUGUGAUUAUCUCACUGAUUGUCCUGGUCGUCAUAUGGAAACAGAAGCCACGCUAUGAGAUAAGAUGGAGAGUCAUUGAAUCAAUCAGUCCUGACGGCCAUGAAUAUAUUUAUGUGGACCCAAUGCAAUUGCCAUAUGACUCAAGAUGGGAGUUUCCUAGAGAUGGAUUAGUGCUUGGUCGAAUUCUUGGUUCUGGUGCAUUUGGCAAAGUUGUUGAGGGAACUGCAUAUGGGUUAAGUCGCUCUCAACCAGUGAUGAAGGUAGCCGUGAAAAUGCUGAAACCCACAGCGAGAUCCAGUGAAAAACAAGCACUAAUGUCUGAACUGAAGAUAAUGACACAUCUUGGGCCCCAUUUGAACAUUGUGAAUCUGUUAGGAGCUUGUACCAAAUCAGGUCCAAUUUACAUCAUUACUGAAUACUGCUUUUAUGGGGAUUUGGUAAACUACUUGCAUAAGAACAGAGAUAAUUUUCUAAGCCGACACCCAGAAAAGCUGAAGAAGGACUUGGACAUCUUUGGCAUGAACCCAGCUGAUGAAAGCACAAGAAGUUAUGUAAUUUUAUCCUUUGAAAACAAUGGAGAAUACAUGGACAUGAAACAAGCUGAUACAACCCAGUAUGUGCCCAUGCUGGAAAGGAAGGAGGGUUCUAAAUAUUCUGAUAUCCAGAGAUCUAUGUAUGAUCGACCUGCUUCAUACAAGAAGAAAUCCAUGUCAGAAUCUGAAGUCAAGAACCUACUUUCUGAUGACAGUUCUGAAGGCCUCAGCCUACUGGACUUACUGAGCUUCACCUAUCAAGUUGCACGGGGAAUGGAGUUCUUGGCUUCUAAAAAUUGUGUGCACCGUGACUUGGCAGCUCGUAACGUCCUUCUAGCUCAAGGAAAAAUUGUGAAGAUCUGUGACUUUGGUCUGGCUAGGGACAUCAUGCACGAUUCCAACUAUGUUUCCAAAGGCAGUACAUUUCUUCCAGUGAAAUGGAUGGCACCUGAGAGCAUUUUUGACAAUCUGUACACAACAUUAAGUGAUGUCUGGUCUUAUGGCAUUCUACUGUGGGAAAUAUUUUCUCUUGGUGGCACACCUUACCCUGGAAUGAUGGUUGAUUCUACUUUCUAUAACAAGAUAAAAAGUGGCUACCGAAUGGCAAAACCUGACCAUGCCACCAAUGAAGUGUAUGAGAUCAUGGUGAAGUGUUGGAACAGUGAACCAGAAAAAAGACCUUCUUUUUACCAUUUGAGUGAAAUUGUUGAGUGUCUAUUGCCUGGAGAGUACAAGAAGAGCUAUGAAAAGAUUCAUCUGGACUUCCUGAAAAGUGACCACCCAGCUGUCACACGCAUGAGAGGGGACUGUGACAACACCUAUAUCGGUGUCACCUACAAGAAUGAAGACAAACUCAAGGAUAGGGAGAGCGGAUUUGAUGAGCAGAGGCUGAGUGCUGACAGUGGAUACAUCAUCCCUCUGCCUGACAUUGACCCUGUAUCUGAAGAUGAGCUUGGCAAAAGAAACAGGCACAGUUCCCAAACAUCUGAAGAAAGUGCUAUUGAGACUGGUUCCAGCAGCUCUACCUUUAUCAAGAGAGAGGAUGAGACCAUUGAGGACAUUGACAUAAUGGAUGACAUUGGAAUAGAUUCCUCAGAUCUGGUUGAGGACAGCUUCCUGUAAUUCUCAUGGAAUCAAAAAGGACAUCUUCAAGCUAUGUAAAAAGGGAAGCUGCCGUACAACUUACAGACUAUUACUCCAGAGAGAACCACUUUACUGCAAUGCAAAGGAUGUGAGGAGAGUUUGGAUAUGUAAAGAGAAGUUCCCAGUAAUGAGCAUCAUCCUGAAACAGUAAGAAGUUGAAAUUAGCUUUUUAGUGUUGCUUCUUGCGUACUUCAGUAGCAUUUCAGUGUGGUUUGCAGUCUGAAUAGGUAGAAGGACAAAGGAAAAGGCCAUAAACAGACCAGCUUGUGUUUCAAGGGCAUUCAUGACUCCGAUGGAUAGAAUUUCCACUGCAGCAAAACUUCACUGUUGUAAUUAUG